AUGGAACCAUAUAAUACAACAGGAAACUUGGAAUUUAUUUUGCUUGGACUCUCAGAGGACCCUGAACUGCAACCCAUCUUAUUUGUACUAUUCGUGCUCAUAUACCUGUUUACUGUGCUUGGAAAUGUGCUCAUCAUCUUGGCUAUCAGCUCUGAUUCCCACCUCCACAGCCCCAUGUACUUCUUCCUCUACAACCUUUCAUUGUCUGACAUGGGCUUUAGCAGCACCACAAUCCCCAAAAUGCUAAUGAAUAUGCAUACCAAUAACAAAUCUAUAACUUAUGCAGCCUGCCUAACUCAGGUGUCUUUCUUCUUCCUUUUUGCAUGUAUGGACAGCCUACUACUCACAGUGAUGGCCUAUGACCGAUGGGUUGCCAUUUGUCAUCCUCUACACUACCAAGUCAUUUUAAAUCCUCGUCUGUGUAAAUGUUUGGUCAUAGUAUCAUUUUGUAUCAGUCUCAUGGAUUCACAGGUACACUGCUUGAUGGUGUCACAACUAAAAUUUUGCACUAAUAUGAAUAUUCCUCAUUUUUUCUGUGAUGUUCCAGAACUUCUAAAACUUGCCUGUUCUGACACCUCUAUCAAUAACAUAGUCAGGUUUCUCUUCACAAUCAUUUUUGGUUUUCUCCCUGUCUCAGGAAUCAUUUACUCCUAUUAUAAAAUUAUUUCCUCCAUUAUUAGAGUUCCCUCAUUAUUUGGGAAGAAUAAGGCCUUCUCUACCUGUGGAUCUCACCUAUCAGUUGUUUGCUUAUUUUAUGGAACAGGUAUAGGUGUGUACCUUAGUUCAACAGUUUCUAAUUUUUCCAGGGACAGUGUAGUGGCCUCAGUAAUGUAUUCCAUGUUGGUUCCCAUGAUGAACCCCUUCAUCUACAGCCUGAGGAACAGGGAUAUGAAGAAAGCUGUCCAAAGUGUUUUCAGGCAAAUAGCAUAA